AUGGCGGUGCUGGCCCCGCUGCUCGCCCUGCUCUACUCGGUGCCUGGGAUCUGUCGUUGGCUCGCUCAGCCCUAUUACCCGCUCUCCGUUCUUCUCUCCGCUGCUUUCCUGCUGGUGCGGAAGGUGCCACCGUUAUGCCAAGGGCUGCCGAGCCAGCGCGAAGACGGAAACCCCUGCGACUUCGACUGGCGAGAAGUGGAGAUCCUUAUGUUUCUAAGUGCCAUUGUGAUGAUGAAGAACCGCAGAUCCAUUACUGUGGACCAACACGUGGGAAAUAUCUUCAUGUUCAGCAAAGUAGCCAAUGUCAUCCUUUUCUUCCGGCUUGACAUCAGGAUGGGACUGCUCUACCUUACCCUCUGCAUAGUGUUCCUGAUGACUUGUAAGCCACCUAUAUACCUGGGUCCUGAAUACAUCAAAUAUUUCAGUGAUAAAACAAUAGAUGAAGAACUAGCACGGGAUAAGCGAAUAACCUGGAUUGUUGAAUUCUUUGCUAACUGGUCUAAUGAGUGCCAGUCAUUUGCUCCCAUUUACGCUGACUUGUCUCUCAAGUACAACUGCGCUGGCCUUUGUUUUGGAAAGGUGGAUGUGGGCCGCUACCCUGAUGUUGCCACCAGGUACAAAGUCAGCACCUCUCCUCUUACCAAGCAGUUGCCCACCCUAAUCCUUUUCCAGGGAGGGAAGGAGGCGAUGCGGCGGCCACAGAUUGAUAAAAAGGGACGAGCAGUCUCAUGGAACUUCUCUGAGGAAAAUGUGAUUCGGGAAUUCAACCUGAAUGAGCUGUACCAGAGAGCCAAGAAAACAUCUAAGCAGAGUGAAGAGAUCUCUGAGGAACGACCUAUUGCUACUGAGCUCCUCAAUGGAGAGACUAAAAAGGAUAAAUAGGACCCACUGGACUGGACUGUGUUCCCUUGCCAUUUAGUUUCCCAUUCUUCAUUUCCAUCUUAACCCGUCAUGAGUCACCAGGCAAUCGCCUGU